CAUUGUUUUGAUGCUCUCGUAAGAUUGUCAAAAGCUUUUUGUCUGUAGAUUUCACUUAGGUGUUGAAAUACGUAUCAAGUGUAUAAGGAUUACUCAGUAAGGAAAUACCCAUCAUAAUUUGCCAAGAUGGCCACCUCCUUACCUCAGAAGGGCCCUAGUCUUGCCAGUAUGCCCUCCCAGCAGCAACCUCACAUGCACCCUGGUCCUGGUCCGGGCACUGGUGGGCAGCAGCAACCACCUGGGCCUCCACAGGGGGCUUUGCGAGAAAUCUCCCCAGUGUACCUGUGCCGAAUCGGGCAAGAGACCGUCCAGGACAUCGUUAGCCGCACCAUGGAGGUUUUCCAACUAGCGAGAGCCACACAGCUGCCAAACGGUGUGACCCAGAGUCAGGCGGCGUAUCAGGACCGCUUUGGGAAGCUUCAGGAGCACCUGCGGCAGCUGGCCCUGCUGUUCCGCAAGCUGAGGCUGCUGUACGAGCGCUGUGUGGAGAUGACGACAGACCUGCAGGAGGCCCCUGGAGAGCUGGUGCCGUACGUGGGUGAGGAGAUCGCUGCUGUACCGGUGGAGCCCUGUAGUCCAGCGGUCAUGCAGGAGAGGAGAGAAAUGCUGGAGAAGGUGAAGCAGAAGAAUCAGGAGAUGAAGGUUCUCAUGGACCAGCUGAGGAACCUGCUGUGGGACGUCAACGCCAUGCUGACGCUACGCUGACCUCACUUCCUGUCCACCUCACCCUACACUGACCUCACCUGGGGUGCAUUUCUCGAAACCAAAGUUGCUUACUACAUUAGCUACUUUCUUGUUUUCAAUGCAUUUUCCCAUUGGCCAUUACCGAAGUUGCUAACAGGCUAACAACUUCUCUUUUGAGAAAUGCUCACCUGUCCACCUGACCCUAUGCUGACCUCACCUGUCCACCUGCCUACCUGGGCCACAACCAGGGCGAUAAAUUAACUUUUUGUCAUCAUUAGCCAAUUUGGCAGGUAGAUGUUAAAUCUUACUGGCCACACACUCUUGACUAUGAGUCAAAAUGGCAAGUAAGUUUUCUUUGCUACUAGCUAAACUGAAUUUUCAACAGCAUUUUGACCUGUUGGCAGGUGUUUAAUUUUUAGAGCCCUGACUACACUACAUCGAUCUGGACUGCCCACCUGGUCUACACAGUGACACGCCCACCCCCCACCCCCACCCACCCUCCUUUACCCCUCUUGGCCACAGUGAACUCAGCUGUCCACCUGCCUACCUACCUACUACCUACCUUGUUCCUAAAAGCAACCUCAGCUGUCCACCUGCCUACCUACCUAGUUCCUACAAGCAACCUCAGCUGUCCACCUGCCUGCCUACCUUGUUCCUGCAACCUCAGCUGUCCACCUGCCUGCCUUGGCUACAGCCACCUCACCUCUUCACCUGUUCACCUGCCUGCCGACCUGCAUGCAACCUCGCCUCGCCUCACCUCAAGUCACACCGUCCAUUCCUUUUUUGAAGAUGGUGCCACAUCAGCUCAGUUUGCUUUCAGUUGUCCCACACACAGUCCAUGAACAGUGAAAUGUUUUCCAUCAGUUGUCUGAGCCUUACUCCUGUAAAAACUCUGCCAGUUUCCUUC